AGGCGCUUCAGAGUCAUCUAGCGGUAAAUUCAGUAGCUCUUAUUGAAAAAAGAUGGCGCUGCCAAAACUUUUAUUACUUAAAAUGAAAUGCAGAAGCUGAUUUCACGCAGUUAAAUUGGUCACAUUUUUCUCGUAAAAAACAUAUUGCUUUGUGUUAAAUAUAUCUCCACAAUACCUUAAGCAAUUUUAAUUAUAGAUGUACAUGACUUUUGAGUCAAAGAUGAUCGAUUCUAAUGCUGAAAAAAGCCUAGAAAGUGUUUGCAAUAUUAAUUAUUCUAGCAUUUCUAAAAAACUGUAUUGGCAUUGGGUGAUAAAAAGUCCAGGCGCAUUGCCACGAUGAAACUUUUUCGUCGUCAACACUCUUCAACUGAAAAGGUGUGCACGAAUUCAUAAUGUGUCACUGAGAGACAGCACGAUGACAAGUUCAGACCUACCUAACGGUCGUCUAGAUACACGGUUCCAGCCCAUCUUUGUUUGGAUGAAACUUUUGGGUAUUUCUCUGACGGAAAAUCAUCGUCAAUUUUGCGGCAUUUACGAUGGUUUGAUGUUCAGCUUAACCUUGGCCUCUAAUAUUGCCUCAAUGACGCUGAUGCUCUUUGAGUCAGAACGCCCGAAACAACAGGAUCGUUCCAUCACGUCCUAUACCUUUGCCCAAAUCCUCUACAUCGAAAACCUGAAUUUCAUCAUCCUGGUAAUCGGAGUUCACUCGAUGCUUUUGUGUCAAACUCGUCAUCGCUGGAAGAAACUCUGGGCUACCCUACAAGACGUUGAAGUACAGCUCAACAGCAAAAUUCUGAACAGAUCCUUCCUGAUCACCCUUCUUUUCAUUCCAGAAGUGAUAAUGAUUGUACUUGUCGUGCCUCUCGACAUCGUGGGGUUACCACAGUACCAACAAUUUGUAGAAUUUUUCUCGUGCGCCUCGAAAAUUUACCCAGUCAGUGGAAUGAUCCUUUUCUGUUUGUGCGGGUGGAUCGCUUCGGAUUUGCUUCACCUGAUUCUCGAAGAACUUGACGAAAAAAGAGAGCGUCCAGAUUUGAUAUGUUUGAAAGCGUUGAAGAAGCGCUAUCGUCAAAUCUGCCAGCUGAUUGAUGACAUUAAUCAGUGUUUCGGUAGCGUCAUCCUUAUCUUGAUUACCUACAUGAUGGCCAGCGUCGUUAUGGUCUGUUUCGUGGCUGCCGUCGAGUUCCAGCACUACGACUGGGUUGCCGUGCCUUGGCUCUACAUUCGCGACCUGGUUCUACUAAUUCAACACAUCAUAAAUCUUGGCGCCAUCACCUACAUCCCACAUACCAUUAAAAUUCAGCACGAAAAGAUACAGCUCGCCCUUGGACGGAUUGAAAUCGCUGACCGGAACAGCUCUAGUCGCCAGGAAGAGGUCUGGAUCGACUGCUUUUCUACGCAAAUUCUGCUAAGUUCAUUGUUUCCUUUGCAAUUUCAGCUGGAAUUUUUAAAAUGGGAUGUAUCGCAAUCCAAUGUUGAGGUAACGGCUGCAGGAUUAUUUGAUAUCACUCCACGGUUAUUUCCAAAGGUAUCGUUUAUAAUGCAUCUUUUUGUGAAUUUUAUUAAAAUUGAAUGCAAGCGUUUACAUUUAGUUGAUUGGCACCACGAUGACGUACGUCAUUAUCCUCUGGCAGUUCCAGUCAUCCGAGAAGCCGACGUGAAUUUACACUAACCGUAAAAGAAAACUUGUUUUUAAGUAGUAGCUAUAAUUUAAGAGACAUUGCACAAGAAACCGACCACGUCAAAGUUAUGACGAAAUUGUGAAGAGGAUAAAUGUCACAGAGAACGGAAGCCACACCCAACUUUAUGAUGACCUUUUCAAUUACUCCAAUGUUUUUUAUGCUAUCUGGAAAGAAACAAAACAAAUGCAUGAACGUAAUAUAAAGAACUUAUUGAAAUGAAAA